UGCCUCUCCCUCGCCGCUCACUCGUGCAGCCACAGAGGCAGGAGCUGCUCUGACCGGACAGCGCUGAGCGUAGCGCCGGGUUUGGGCUCAGUGUGGACGAGGAUGUGCUUUCGAUGCUGAUCAGAGUUGUGCGCUGCAGUUGUCUUCCCUCGCUACCCAAGUGUUUUCGUUCUGGGAAUGAAGAAGUAAACCAUCUGUGAUCAGUCAUGGCUGUCCAGACUGGCAUCCAGGUGUGGUUCGGUGAGAAGUUCGACGCCCCCUUGCUGAGCCCCAGGAGCCCUCGCAGCCCGUUAGCACAGCGGCACGGCCCCGGCCUUGCCGACGUCUUCCAGUACGACCAGUGGCUGGCGGUGCGACAUGAAGCCACCCUGGUGCCCAUGCAGGAGGACCUGGCCAUCUGGCUCACCGGCAUGCUGGGAGACGAGGUGAGAGCCGAGUUUUUCAUGGAGGAGCUGAAUAACGGCGUGAAGCUCUGCCAGCUUAUCGGUGUGCUGCAGACCAAAAUCGCCCAGAGCUGCCCCUCUGCGCUCGGCAAGCUCUUUCCCACAAGGAAGGUUGCAUGCAAGCGGGACGCCUCUCCGGGUUCCUUCUUUGCUCGCGACAACACCGCCAACUUCCUGGCCUGGUGUCGACACAUCGGCGUGGAGGAGACGUACCUGUUUGAGUCAGAGGGCCUCGUGCUGCACAAGGAGCCUCGCCAGGUUUGUCUCUGUCUGCUGGAGAUCGGCCGCAUCGUCUCCAAGUACGGAGUGGAGCCUCCUGUGCUGGUGAAGCUGGAGAAGGAGAUCGAGUUGGAGGAGACUCUGCUGCUGACAGAGGAGCCACCUCCAGCUGUCAAAACCUUCAGCGUGUGCUGCCAGCAUGGCGGCCUCUACCAGCCCGGGGAGCACGGCAUGGACGACCCGCCCUGCAACUGCUCCAACAGAGUUUCUAUUGAGUACCUGUCUGAGGGACGCUACAGACUGGGAGAUAAGACCAUCUUUAUUCGGAUGCUCCACGGUAAACAUGUGAUGGUGCGAGUUGGCGGCGGCUGGGACACUCUGCGUGGUUUCCUGAUGAAAUACGACCCGCUGCGAGUGCUGCAGUUCACCACUCUGGAGCAGAAGAUUCUGGCCUUUCAGAAAGGCCCCCCAGGUCUGGGUGGUCACCACAGCAAUGCAGCUCCGCCUCCUCCUCCUGACAUGGACCCCCUCGCCGCCGUCAACAAUCUCAUCUCCUCCUCCUCAUCCUCUUCCUCCUCCUCCACCUCGUCAACUUCCUCUUCUUCAGCCUGUAAGCAAAUGUCCGUGACCACCGUGGCUCAGACGUGUCGGUCCUACAACGCCUCCCCGGCCUGCACGCCCACGCUGCCCAGGAAAGGUUCCAUCUCUGGGCCGAAGAAGAACUUUCAGAUGACGCCUUCCUCCUCCCCCAGGAAGCCCACCCAGCUCCCCCUGCCCAUCACCACCAAAGGCUCCUCGUCUCUGCCCACCACACCAGUGGGAGGCUCCAGACAGACUCCCAGCCCCGGGUGUCAGGGUGUCCCACGUCGAGCUGUGACGCCAGCAGCAGCUCCAUCAGCCGCCCCUGUAGAUCCAAACCCCGCCUCCAAACUCAAGCUCCGACCGUCACCACAUGGCGUCGCCUCCCAGCCGAGGAGCCCCGUCUGCCCCGAGCCCUCAUCCAAAUGCCCCAAACCCUCCAGCCCCUGCACCUCCCCUACCUCCUCCUCCGUGCCUCGCCCCGUCACCGCACCAACGCGGGCGCCAACCCCUAAAGAUGCUCGACCCCCAACGGGCGCCAGCCAGCGCUCUCGCCUCGCACAGCGCCGCCCUGGCUCCCCAGCCUCGCGCCUCCGUCUAGAGGCAGCCAGGCGAGUGAGGACGGCCACAAGAGCUGCAGCGACGCCAACGCCCAGAGCAGCAGCGACAACUGCUCCGCAGACCCGGACCACCACCCCCAGCUCAAGGACCGCCUCCCCAGCACUCGCAAAACCUGCCUGCUCCCUGCCAAAGGGCAAAGAGGCCACAGCCAAAACGAAGGGGCCGGCCCCAAGCAAGGUAGCCGCUGUCCCUUCACGAGGUACUGCUCUUGUCCCCGGGCGGGUCCCAGGGGCAAACAUAGGCCCGUCUGCCGCCAGCAAAGCCAAUCAGAAAACACCGGCCACAGCACAGAGGGUGGGGCGAAAACAAGCCACCACAGCUAACCCCGUAAAGUCGACUCUAAAGCCUGAAGUAGCUCCAGGUCUGGCCCCACUGAAAACCAGCCCCAACGUCAGAGCCGUUAAAACCGAGCCCAGCGUCACCAAGAAGAUCCCGCAGCCCAAGGGCAAGAGUGAGGACCCUUACUUUGAAAUGAACAGCAGGCGGAGGCAGAGGACGUAACGGAGCACGCCCAGAAGGCUUCACCAAAACCAGCCGGCUGGUGACUCAGCUUCUACCACAAACCAGCACUUGUUGGAGCUCAGACUGAUCCUCAUGAACAAGCUCGUCAUUUUUGACCAUGUUUUCUUUUUUUUUUUUCUUUUUUUUUGUCUACAAUUAUAUUUUUGUUGAUUUUUGUAUGUUAUUUAAUAGUCUUUUAUUUUCUAUGUUUUAAUCCAAAAGGGUCAAAGAUGUUUGUUUCGUCUUUGUGGUGAUCCAGUGGCCUCUGUGGAGGCGUCAUAUCCAUGUACCCCAUUAACACUACGACUUGCACAAUGUUUACAUUUUCUCCUGUGUUACAUGUACAGCCGUUACAAAUGAUUUGUGCUAACUGAGUUUUAAACAACAAAGAAUAGAAGUUUUGUCGAAAAAAAAAAAAUCAUGUUCAAAUACUAACCUCAGCUUUAUUUUUUUAACUCCACACUAGGACACAGUCAUGACUUAGUAAAUACACUGAGGUUACAGGAUGCAGGUCUGUUUUUAUUCACGGAGGAAACCAAGGAAAAGCAGCUUCUAUCCUGUUUUCUCCAGCAGGUUACCAAAGGUGUGAAGUGGAACGUGGUUUCUGAUUUACUUUUUUUCCCCCCAGUGAGAACAAACUUUCCACUGGAGGACAGUCAGAUCCGUCUGAUUUGUUGUUUUUUUUUUGUAUAAACGAUAUCUAGGUGGGAGGCGGUGUCACUGCGAACACGCCUCCCUGUCGUGUGCCUUCAUCAGAAAGCUUAUUUCUGAGCGGCAUUAGAAUGUAUUAGCUGAUGGAGGGGUGGGGGUGGCGGGUUAAAUGGUUUUUACGGUUAAAAAUUGCACAGUGUGUACGAGCACUCAUGACUUUAGAGAAAAGCCAGAAUCUCAGAUGAACUACUGAUCAAACGCCUCUUCUUCUAACACAACACUCGAGGCCCUGCAGCGGCCCACAUCAUUUUAGAGCAGAAUCUACUUGGUAUAGACUCAUUUUAUAUGGUUUCUAAGUUUUUGUGCGUAUUAAAAAUCUAGUUUUCUAUGUGGUGGUGUUUGUGUACGUGUGUGUGUGCGUGAGAUGAUAUCGUAUAUUAUCAGUGAGGCUUUUUUCUUGUUUGGCACUUUACAGAAACCUCUGUGUUGGUCACAAUUUGAAUGUUGAUUCUGUCGAUUGUGUCUCCUGUUCCAGCUACCUUUUUUGUCAUUUUGAUUAAUAAAUGGACAAGUGUUUUAAAAAAAGAA